AUGACAGAGAUCCACACAAAACUGAACAACGCCGAACACAUCCAGAUGGCAGACCCAGACCUCAAGCAGUUCCCACCGACUACGGACGACGACGACCGCCUAGCACAGAUUGGUCACGUCCAGGAAUUAGAAAGAAGCUAUUCAAUAUGGUCGCUGGGUAGUUUGUGUCUCUGUUUGAUGGCAACUUGGGAAGCACUGUCGACAGUCAUCGCAACCGCGUUGACUACCGGUGGUGCCCCAUGUUUGUUCUUCAACCUACUCAUUUCAGUCGUCUGUACGAUUGCAAUUGCAUGCUCCUUGGGCGAGAUCGCUUCCAUAUACCCAACUGCUGGAGGACAAUACCACUGGGUCGCGGCGCUUUCGCCGGCUUCCACACGAGCAGCGGCAUCAUGGUUCACUGGCUGGAUCAACGUUGGAGGACAGAUCGUGCUUACCGCCUCUGCUGCGUUUGCGGCUGGUCUUCAGCUUCAGGCUCUGAUCAUCUUGAACGAUACAUCAUACGUCCCAGCAAGGUGGCAGGGUCUGUUGUUCUACUGGCUCAUCUUGCUCUAUGCUGCUGCCGUCAACAUAUGGGGCUCAAAGAUGCUUCCCAUGGCCAACUUACUUUCUGGUGUGUUGCAUAUCGCAGGCCUUCUCGCUAUUCUGGUGACGCUCGGCGUCAUGGCACCCAAGAACACUGCUGCGUUUGUCUUCACCGAAGUUUCCAACACCAGCGGGUGGUCCAAUGACGGCGUCUCUUGGCUUGUCGGGCUUCUGUCGUCUGUAUACCCGCUGCUUGGGUACGACGCGGCGGUUCACCUGGCGGAGGAGAUGCCUCACGCUUCACGCAACGUCCCCUUGGCUAUGAUUGGCUCCGUCACAGUCAACGGCAUUCUCGGACUCGGCUACUGCAUCAUGUUGCUCUUCUCAACUGGCAGCCUGGAUACUCUACUUGCCACGCCCACGGGAUUCCCAUUCAUGCAGAUCUUCCUCGACGCCACCAAGUCCAACGCUGGUGCAACCGUCAUGAGUCUGAUCAUCACAUUGAUUGCCAUCGCAGCCACCGCUGCUGGUGUCACUUCCACCUCCCGAACCGUCUGGGCAUUCGCGCGAGAUAAGGCUACGCCAUUCGACCGCUACUUUGCAUAUGUAAACCGGUCUUCUCACAUUCCCGUUCGCGCUAUCGUCCUCAUCACCAUCCUGCAAAUGUUACUUGGCUUCAUCUAUCUCGGCAACUCAACCGCGUUCAAUGCCAUCCUCUCCAUGGCCAUCCUGGGUCUAUACACGUCGUAUCUGAUCCCCAUCAUCUACUUCAUGAUCUACGGUCGUACCAGAUUGGCGGUACACGAGUUCGGUUUCUUCAAGAUGCCAAAGUUUCUGGGAUUGGGAUUGAACCUUUUGUCGUGCGCAUGGCUAAUUCUGGCAAUUGUCUUCUCGACGUUUCCUACUUUCAUGCCGGUUACCGUGCAGAACAUGAAUUAUUCGACAGUAGUCAUGGUCGGCUGGGUGGUUCUGGGCGGCAUCUACUACAUCGCACUCGGGAGGAAGAAGUUCGAAGUUCCUGUUGUAGACCGAGAGGCGCGUGGCUUUGAGUAA